AUGUUACAUUUUAAAGCACCGACAUGUGUCCUGAUCGAACCAGAUGGGGAUACUUUCUCGGCCUUUGGAUACGACGCUGAAUCCAAAUACAACAGUUUAGUUAAAGCAGAGGAACAUGACAAAUGGUUCUUCUUCAGAAGAUUAGAUGAAACUGUACAAUACGAAAGGAGCGGAAGUAAGGGUUCACUUUCCUCCUUCAAAACUGGAAACAAAGUCGUAGUUGAUGAUGCAGGGGAGUUGUCAAUUUCAGGCGGUACAGUUGAUAUAGCUGUACAAGAGGUUGCAGAGAACGGUUCGAUGAAGAAUAUCUACAAAGCCAGUGGGGGAGAUUGGGGUGGGGCAAAGGUUGACGAGGCGUUCGUCUCCGUCCAAGGCGACAAAUUCAAAGUCAACAUGAGUGUAGUUACGUUCCUGUUCAAGACACAAGUUGACGCAAUAGUUCAACACGUUUCCAACCUUAUUGAGCAGUCGACAAUAGGUGGCAUAGAAGCAAUUGUUUCGGUUGGAGGAUUUUCAAAGUGUCCUCUUCUCCAGAAAGCUAUCAAGUUAAAGUUUGAUGGCCACAAAGUCAUCGUUCCAAACGAUCCAGACCUUGCAGUUUUGAAAGGAGCAGUGAUAUUUGGACAUAAACCAGAACUGAUUAACCAGCGAGUCAGCAAAUACACAUAUGGAGUUGAUAUGAGAACCACUUUUAAUGACAAUGUUCACAAAGAAGCUUACAAAGUGAUAGGCGAAGAUGAGGCUGUUCGAUGCAUCAAAUGUUUUGAUAAACAUAUUAUAGCUGGGCAGAGUUUUUCUUUUAGAGAAGCGCAAGUGGAAAAAUGCUACACUGCACCAACAUCAAGUCAAACCUCGGUAUCCAUUUCCAUUCUUUACACACUUGAUCCAAAUCCAAUGUACACGACCGACCAAGGCUGCCACCUUGCAGACACCUUAAAUGUUGCCAUUGGAGGGAGUGGUCUAGGCCGAGCGGUCAAGGUUAGGAUGAUUUACGGAGGUACUGAAAUAGAGGUCGAGGCUACUGAGGUCGCUACCGGCAACGUGCAGCGCAUGAAAACUGACUUCUUGAGCUAA